AUUCAAUGCGAAAGAUGAAAGGAAAGGCAAAUCUUGCUUUUCUUGUUGCAAGUUUCAUUCUUUACAUUAUGGACAUAAUCUCCGACAUUUACGUGGCUUUUCAAUAUUACAAACACGGCGAGAGAUGGUGGUGUGGUAUCACUCUUGUCUUUGUUUUACUUCCUCAUUUAAUUAUCAACACAUAUGCUGCUUAUAUAAACAUGAAUUUUCAUUGGUAUAGUCUACGUAAGACAGUCCUGAUGUGGAUUUUUCAAAUAUCUGUCCUUGCAUCAUUUAAACAUGAAUUCACUCGAUGGAAAAGGGAACAUUGGAAAAACCGUGAUAGAGAGCGUGUUAGCACAAGAGACGGACAACACUUCACAGACGUUACUUUAACAAUGCAUCACACAUUCUUACGCCUAGCUGAAGCUUUUGCUGAGUCAGCACCUCAGUGUUGUUUACAGAUCUACAUUAUGAUGAGACAAUGGCAUUUUCCAUGGUAUACGGUGUUAUCAAGUGUCCUGUCUCUCUUGUCCUUAUCUUGGAGCAUCACAUCAUUGGAAACGUCAUGUAAAACCUGUCAAUGGGCUCGAAAGACUUGUAGCACAUCAAUCAAAGAAGAGAAAGAAAUCCCUAAAAUAUCCCAAGUGAUGUUCUUUGUUGCACACUUGUGUUUGCUAAUCUCUAGAUUAACAUCACUUGUUAUUUUUGCCUAUUCUUUUCGUUACUACGUAUUUGUUAUUGUAGUCAUACAUUGGCUGUUGGUAUUUACUGCAAUUUGUAUGGGCAAAAAGUUUGAAAACUCGACCAGGAUUAAUGAAACUGACAUUAGAGGUCGUAUAAACUUGACCCUUAUUUUAAACGCAUCUCUACGAACCUACCCAAUGGUAUUUUGCUUAUCCGGUAGCAUCGCAAAAAUAAGUUUUCGGAAGAAGAUAGGACGAAAUUUUGGAACAUUUGCUUUAGUUUUUUAUGGUAUUUUUUUCCUGGAAAAUUGUGUUAUGGUAUUACUUUCCGUUUUCAACGGGACGCGGCCUCAUAUAAAUCAUCUAUCGAAGAUUGUAUUGCCAUUAAUGUUUGUAGGAUUUUCAGUAGGAGUUCUGCUUCUUAUGCUUUACUACAAAUGUUGUCAUCCAAAUAAGUUAUUCAGAAGGGAAAAUCUUGAAGCAACGGAUACAAGCCUUCCAAACGAGAACCAAGGAAAGCAUCAAAAAGAGAUCUAUGAAUUGAAAGACACAAAUUGUUUUGUGAAUGAAGGAACUUGUUUUAAAGAUUUGGAAAGUCAUCUUAUAUAGAACUAGGCUUUAAGAGAAGAUAUUUUUAAAUUUUAAGAAUUGUCAUUAUCAGUGAAGAUCCACUAGAUUUCGUAGAGGGUCCUGAAGGGGGAGUCCCAUUUCCCACUUCGAAUUUUCGCAAAAUUCCAGUCCCAGUUGGUUGUAAAAAUCCUAACCUUUGAGACUUGAAAGGGUCAAAUCCCAUUCCAGGAACUGAAUCCCAUUUUCCCAGCGUAAUAAUAGGGCAAUCCUAAUUCCCAUUUUAUCCGUUCGGGACCCCCUUUGCAAUCAACGGCGAAAAUUAAGGCUGCAGUACUUUCCACGAAAUAGACAAAAUUUUGCACGCGGAGCGUGUUUUUUUUUCA